AUGGUUCACAUAUCAACUGAUUUUUUUGAUGGUAAUACUUCGACUCAUGAUGUUAAUUACGUGAAUUUUAAUAUGAAACUUAUGAGAAAUAAUCUGGCUUCUAGUCUUGAAAAGUUUUGGCAGUGUGUAGAAGUCAAAGCUGAAGAUUAUGUACUCAAAAAUAGUGUUAAUGAAAUUAAUAUUCAACGUGAGGAAUUCAUCAGUUUUUUAGAAGAAUCAAUUCAACAAAGCCAUGUAAUUCGUAGUUAUUCCUCUAAAUUGCAAUUAUUUCUUAACUGUUUUCGAGAGAAUUCUCUCUCCAUCGAUGAUUAUCAUAAGGAAUUAGAAUCAUUACUGAAUGAUACUAAAACAAAUCUAAAAUCAGCGGAAACAUUGCAAGCUCAUGUUAGAAAUAUUAAAAAUGAUUUAGUAAAAAUUGGUGAUGACCUGAAUAGUUAUCAGGAAAAUAUUCAGCAUGAUCCGGAAAACGUUCAAUCAAAAUCUAAAGAUGACUUUGAUAAUACUAAAACUAAAAUGAAAACCUCGGCCUUUUUCCGUAAUAUUGGUAUUUUAAGUGGGAUUGUUGGUUUGGUAGCUGGAAAUGUGGCUCUUAUUAUAGGUGGCGCAAGUACAGGUAUAGGAAGUGAAAUUUCCCGAAAAAGCUAUCUAUCUCAAACAAUGGGCCAACUCAUUGGAUAUUGGGAAAUUCAAUCAACGACUAUUUAUGAUCUUUUGGAUAAAUUAAAUUCUGCAAGAAAUGAGCAGAAUUUUAACAAUAUGCUUAUUAGGGUGAUUGAUAAAACUAUAAAAGACUUAGAAUCUGAUGAACUCUUUUCUAAAGAUUUUUGCGUCUCGGUCAGAGCCUUAAUGGCUAAAUAUGAGUUGAAGUGUUGUAUGUAA